UAGAGAGAGAGAGAGAGAGAGAGAGAGAGAGAGAGAGAGAGAGAGAGAGAGAGAGAAACAGAGAGAGAGAGAGAGAGAGUGAAACAGAGAGAGAGAGAGAGAGAGAGAGAGAGAGAGAGAGAGAGAGAGCAGAAAACCUUAGUGAGUGAGAGAGGCAGAGUGAGAGAAGAGAACAAGUUAGCAAGAAAUUGGCAGAGAGGAGAACAGUGGUGGUAUUUUUAUUCUGACCACAGAAACCUGUUGACAAGCUUCCGUGACGACAGCCCAUCUACAGCUUUUGCAUUCAAGUUCCUCAAAGCUUAGGCAACAUUUCAGCUGAAGGAAGAAUGUCAAAAAGGCUGAGUGAAAGAGAAAAUUGAAAGAUAAAUUGAAGAGAGGGAAAAGUUGACAGAGAGAGGCGAGAGAGAGAGAGAGAGAGAGAGGAGAGAGAGAGAGAGAGAGAGAGAGAGGAGAGAGAGAGAGAGAGAGAGGAGAGAGUGAGAGAGAGAGAGAGAGAGAGAGAGAGAGAGGGAGAGAGAUAGAUAGACAGAGAGAGGCGAGAGAGAGAGAGAGAAAGUACAAUCCAUUGGGGCCUUCAAAGCCAUGUGACAUGACAGAGGGCACUGCUGGGGGACUUCUUGCACCAUGGAACUCCAAGCUGAAGUCCUGAGGAGCUUCCUGGACCAGUUUUCCAGCAAAGAGGCCACAUCGGCUCAUGAAGACAGCGCUUACGCUGUUGAGUUCUUGAAAUUGAAGAGACAGUCCACUAAGUACCGCACUGAGAAGACCUACUCCACCAAGGCUGCUGAUAGGCAGGACAACGUGAAGAAGAACAGAUAUAAGGACAUUGUUCCAUUUGACCACAGCAGAGUGAAACUCUCACUGAACACCUCCAAAAAUGACACAGACUACAUCAACGCCAAUUUCAUCCGGGGAGUUUUUGGGCCAACAGAGUAUAUUGCGACUCAAGGCCCACUGCCACACACAGUUCUGGACUUCUGGAGGAUGCUUUGGGAAUACAAUGUGCAGGUCAUCGUAAUGGCUUGCAGGGAAUUUGAAAUGGGAAGGAAAAAGUGUGAGCGCUACUGGCCUGAACGUUUGGUGGACGUAUUUCUGUGUGAACCAUUUACAAUACACUGUGAAUCAGAAGAGAACAAGGGAGACUAUUUGAUAAGGAGCCUGAAGGUGACUUUUAAAAAUUCAUCUCGCACACUGAAGCAGCUGCACUAUAUGAACUGGCCUGAUCACGGUGUACCAGACUCCAUCCCCCCGAUUCUUGAGCUUCUGCAGGACAUGCAUGUGUUCCAGCAGCAGGACGAUGUGCCGAUCUGCAUUCACUGCAGUGCUGGCUGCGGAAGAACAGGUGUGCUGUGUGCCAUUGACUACACUUGGAACCUACUGAAAAAACAAAUGAUACCAAUGGACUUCAGCAUCUAUGACCUUGUUCAAGAGAUGAGAACACAGAGGCCUUCCAUAGUCCAGACUAAGGAACAGUAUGAACUGGUGUACAGAGCGAUUACAUUCUUGUUUAAGAAGCAUCUGGAGAUGAUGGCAUCAAGCUCAAAACAAAAAGAGGUUCCAGCUGCACCUCCACCCAUCCCUGUAGACAGUGAGAGUGAGGCUUCAGACUUCAGUGAGUCGGAGGAAGAGCUAGAGCCUGCAGACCAGAAUAGACUACAUCCUUGCUAUGAUUCCAGGUAUAAUGAAAAAGAAUUUCCUAACCAUGUUGCACCAAGCGCAGUCUCAAGGCCACCUCAUUUGCAACCUCCCAGUUCAUCAGACCCCAAACGCACACCAGUAGAUAGGCUCAGUGACAUGAAGAACUGGGCCAGGUCUAAAAUGUCCCCAAGGGCUACUGCCACAGGUCAACUGCAGAAGACAGACCUUGGAGUUCAAAAGUCCCAGAUAAAUAAACCUCGUCCAUUUCAGGAAACAUAUUUUGGAUACCAAAUGUCCCAGACACCUAAUCCUCCUACAUGUCAGGAAACAAGUCUUGGACACCGGAAAUCCCAGAUACUUGAACCUUCUCCUCUGCUGCAAAUAGAUCUUGGAUACAAGAAGUCCCAGAUACUCGAACCUCCACCAGUGCAACCAACAGCUCUUGGAUACCGAAUGUCCCAGAUACUUGAACCUCCUCCACCGCAGCCAACAGAUCUUAGAUACCGAAAAUCCCAAAUACUUGAACCUCCUCCAAUGCAGCCAACUGAUCUUGGAUACCAAAAGUCACAGGUACUCGAGCCUCCUCCACUUCGGCAAACAGAUAUCGGAUACAGAAAGUCCCAGAUACUUGAACCUGCUCUACUUCAGCAAGCCGAUACUGGAUACCAAAGGUCCGAGAUACUCGAACCGCCUCCCCUUCCGCAAAUAAAUAGUGGAUUCCGAAAGGCCCAGAUACCUAAACCUCCUCGAAGUCAGAAAACAGAUAUUGGAUGUCGAAAAUCUCAGAUAUUUGAAACCCCUCCAGUCCAGGAUACAGAUCUUGGAUAUCAGAAAUCACAAAUACUUGAACAUACUCUUCUUAAGCAAAUAGAUAUUGGAUGCCAAAAGUCUCAGAUAGUUGAACCUACCCCAAUUCAGCAAACAGAUCUUGGAUUCUUAAAGUCCCAGAUACUGAAACCUCCACGACCUCAGAAAACAGAUCAUGGAUGCCAUAAUCCCCACACUCCUGAAAGUGCUACAACAAACCAAAACCAGCACAAUGAGACUCUGAAAUCCAAUCAUUACAUCAGACCAACACCAGAAGAGGAGCCUCGCCCAGAUCAGAUGCUUCAAACAAAAAUGGACAAUGUUGGUGCUCAUCUCCAGGCUCCUUCUAUCUGUCUUACAGUGGAGGAUCCAUAUUUUGACCCAGAUUCUUCUUUGUCACCUGAGCCUACAGUGUAUACAGAUGCAGCACCUGUCUUCUUGGAAAACCCUUGUUACAUUGACCCCACUCUGGCUCUUAAAACUCAAAGUACUGAACUGCCAGUGAAGGACAAAUAUACAGGGGUGACUACACCUAUAUCUGAUGAGGACAGUCCUCCUCCUCUACCAGAGAGGACCCCAGAAUCCUACAUUAUGGCUGAUGAAGACGUUCCUCAGAUUCUAACUCCUACUCUUCAGUUGCCAACUGAAUCACCCCUGUUGAACGACACAGACGUGGACGAUAUUAGUGAUAAAGGUGACACUGCCAGCAUUGGUGUCAACCAGAGCCUGACAUUGACCAUCCCACCUGAUACCUUUUCAGUCACUGAAGGUGGAAGUCUGCCUUCUCCUGCACCACCUUUGCCAGAACGAACUCCAGAAUCUUUUGAAAUGGCUAAUGAUGAAGAUUUAUUGCAGAAUGCAGUACAAGAAAAACCCCAGGAAAGUGUUCUCAGGGUGGGGAAAUCCUCUGAAUGGUCUGGGAAUUCAAACUUAGAUGUGCCAGACUUUAACAGGUCCUGGUCCAGGAGCAAGAGUUUAAGAGUUAGACUGUCGCUUAACGUUCCAGUUAACAUCCCUUCUAUUGCUCCACUUCACAUACCUACAAAAGAACCUCCUAAGAGCCUCUCUCCUCCUCUCCCUGAAUGCACACCUGAUUCUUUUCUGAUGAAGGAUACACAGGCUUCUCUUACUCCUCCACUGCCUAGAAGAACCCCAGAAUCUUACAUCGUAGUAACAAAAGAAGCUCAGAGUAACAGCGCCCCCUGUCAGGAUGAUACAGUCCAGCAAAUGCAGAGAUUGGGUACAUCCUCUGAGUGGGCAGGAAACUCCCAACCAAUGACAUCAUUCGAUGUGAUGUCCAGAAGCAAGAGUGUUAAAGUGAAAAGCUCAAAACGAGAGUGUUUAUCUGUGGUUCCUCUGCCUCACCCUGAUGGUGGCGCUUCAGCAGAACCUGUAUUAUCUACAGAACAAGACCAGACAUCAUCGGACAGCGGACCUCCUGCAGUGGAGCCGGCUGAGAAGAUAUCGCUUCCCAAAAAGUGCAGGACCAAGAGUUUGAGGUUAUGGAAAGGAAAACAGAAAAAGAAAGAGACUGCAGUGUCUGCUCCUGUUCCUCCAAACCAUGGUGCUACUGCAGGAUUCAUAUUUAGUUUUGGGACUCGUUUUGGGAAACCCAAAGGACCGAGGGGUCAACCUGAAACAUGGGUGUAAAUCGGACAGAACGGGAAGCGCUUCCUGGUGAUCAGUGGGUGAGGUGAAGGAGGACCUGCCUGCCUUCACCAGGUUCCCAUUGGAUAAAAAAAAUGACUGAAAUACCAGAAGACUAAUGAGAAAAGGAUAUUAAUUAAUGAAUGAAUCUCAGUGAAUACAAGUGUUAAUGAAGUUGGCUAAUUUUGGUCACUAACUCAGGCAGUUAUUCUCACUGAAAUCACUAUAUUUACUAUAUAGUGGCUUUUCUUGGGGCUCAGGUGAAAUCUCACAAAGCAUUGCAACAGGUAUUUUCCUGUGUGGAGUGGAAAUGAAAAGCUUUUAAAAGCACAAGUUAACACUGUGGAAACAAAAUGUAUCUUGUGAACGAUACCUAUUAGCCUUAACAUAUGAAUCAUAUGAAAACGAUACCUAUUAGCCUUAACAUAUGAAUCCGUGCCUACACCUACACCUACACCUAAAAAAUUUAAAUAAAAACAGUCACCUUAAUAGCUCCAUAAAUCAGUAACAACGCAUAGAAAUGUUUUCCUUUUAUGUUACCAGCUCAUUUAUCUGUAUUUUUUUGGCUUUAUUUUUUGUGGCUGCUGUUGAAAUAGCCAUAAUUUCUGUCCAUGUUCAAUUUUAAAUACUUUUAAAUUAAUGAGUGAUUUUAGCUUUCAAACUACUGAUUACUGAUUGAUCCUCUUCUGUUAAAAAAAAUCAGGAUCAGCCAAAAACUUCUGCAUAGCUUUGUAACAUGGAUGCUACUGUAUUGUCAGUCAUUUGCACUAGAACUUUAUAACUUCUCAGUAUAUUUAUAUACGACAGGGUUGUAGCAGUGUGGACUGUCCGAGUAUCUACUAGCUUAAAGGGCAAAUCCAGACUGGUACGAGCUGGAAGGACAAACUUUUUUGUAUAAGCAUACACUUGAUUUGUGCUUUAUUUCAUUCGUUCUGUGUGUAAAUGUUUUUUCAUGUUUUUAGAGGUCGAAUGGAAGGAGUAAUAUAAAGAUGAUUUAAUAUUCCAUAACUGCAAGUGUUAAAUUAUAAUAUUAAUUUACAAUGUACAGAGUUAUGUCCUUUAAAAAAAGUAUGCUACUGUUUUAAAAAUCUUGUCAAGGAAUUAUUUAAAAUAUAUAUAUAAAUCUAUACAAAUUAAUGUAAAUCAUUAAUGACGGUACAUUUGAAUGUUAUCAUGGUUCUGCUUUCAGACAGGAACAUCCUUAUUUCCUCGCAUGGAAAGAAUUUGGUCCUUGAUAUGGUCGAAGUGUUUUGUGAGGUCAUCGCUGGUCAAUAAUGACAGUACAGCUCUCUUUUUUUUAAUGAUUUGAGAUUAGAGACCUCAUUCAAAAUGAGCAACUAUAUUUACAUUAAGCAUUUUCUUCACCACUGUUUACGUCGGUUGCUGUUGUGUGCUGCUAGUAAACAAAAUGUAAAUAGUGUAGUAGUUUUUAAUAGACAGCGUAAAGAAUGAUAAGCGUGAGCAAAAGACUUCCACUGCUUUCUGCCCCACGUGCAUGCUUUUUAAUGGUGGGGUCUCCGUUGUUUGAGAAAUGCUUCAGAAAUCUGCGUUGGGCCGCCAAACAAAACAAAAACAAAACUAACGUGUAGCCAAUGAGCAGAAAGGGGCGUGUCUUGUCAAUAUGGGCGAGAGAGUGUUCAGUGCGCAUGUGUGACAUUAGCAGAAAGUGGUUUUAACAUUGACAUGGAGGAUAAAAACAAAGAAAGAAAGCGAAGAAAGGCUUACGAUAAGGCAAGAAGUAGGACGUGUUAAUAUAGGAUCAGCUUUCCAGCGCUGGAGAGAACUGAACGUCUUCCGCGUGAAACGGAGAUAAACCUUUCACAGUACAACACACAGUACUACAAAAACACAUUUGUAUUACCAUAGUAUUACUCAUUGAGUUCAUAAAAAUAUCCCCUUGGCCAGCUGCCCCAACAGGUUCCGCCAUAAUAGUUGUCUGGGUUAUACUUGUCUGGUGUAUGUGUGGGGCGGAGCUAUCAAAACAGGGGUGGGACCCAUUUGGGUUAGGGGCGGGUUUGUUUUGGUGAUUUCAAAUGUCAACAUUGGCUUUCAAACAACGGAGAACCCACCUUUAACGACCAUGCUCGCUGACCCUCGCGCUGUCUUACACACACAGUUUAAACGCUUUAAGAUGAUUAAUUAGGUUACUUAUUUCGUAGAAAGUCUCUGUAGCAAGUCGUAGCUUCUCUUUAUAUGUUCCACAAGCACAGGUUGCUUUUAUUGCCAUGAUGUGGAAAAACCUCCAGGUGGCUGUUUAUCAGCGUGAAGACGUACGUCACGUCGUAUCGGAUGUUACGUGCAUCUGAGUAAACGAGCAGGGAAUCGGAACGCCAAACCAGUAUCAGUGUCAAUGUAUGAAAUGUAUGCAUUGGUAUAUGAAAAUAAUUCAAAAAUAAUAAAGUUUCUGAGCAUAUUUUUGGUGUUGGAUUUGUGCAAUACAAGUGUACUACCUGUAUUUAAUAACAGUUACUUGAUGCAGUCAUGAAUAAAUGUUUUAUCGCCAAAAGGA